UGGGAGCCCUGUCCAACUAUUGAUGAGGUCGUAUAGAAGUGUGAAUACACGGCCAUCGAUCUUCUGACCGAGUCGCCUGGUUCAAUUCAAACGAGCUUACAGUUGAUUUUAAAGACGAGAACAAUGAAUGAAGCGGAUUAUCGUCAACGCAACGGCAUCGAGAGUCAGCCUUAUGAACGAAAGCCGCAGAUCAAACCGCAUCAGCUGCAGGAUGCUGAUCUCAACCAAACUACCGAGUUUCAUGCUGAUGUCCAACAGCUGUUGGUGAUUAAAGAAGAGGUUCCCCCAGAAUGGAGCCCCUCUGAUGACCAGUGGUCCCAAGAGCCCCUGCGCAUAAAGGAGGAGCGUGAGGAACUGUGCACCACUCAAACAGCAGAACACUUUAAAGGGCUGGAGGAUGCUGAUACCAGCAGGCUCCCGUUCACUGCUGCUCCUGUGAAGAGUGAAGAUGGUGAAGAGAAACCAAAUUCUUCAGAGCUUUACUGUCAUCAAACAAGUAAACAAAUAAAAACUGAGACUGAUGGAGAUGACUGUGGAGGACCAGAAUCAGCCAGAAACCUUGAUACAAAAAGUACUUUACAACCUAAUGAAGUGGAAAAUGAUUCGGACUCCUCUGAGACUGAACUCAGUAACGAUGGUGAUGAAUGGCAGGGACCUUUGUCAGAUUUUAGACCUGGAACUGAAGACAGUGACAAGGACUGGGAGGCAAGCAGGUCACCUGAGUCAGGUGUAAAUUGUCACGUGAGAUGUGACACUACCAAAAAACCCUUUAGCUGCUCUGAGUGUGGAAAAUGUUUUCUCCACAGGCAGUCUCUCCACAGACACAUGAGAAUCCACACUGGAGAGAAACCUUUUUGUUGUGCUGUUUGUGGCGAGAAAUUUAGCAGGAAGACACAUUUUAAGACGCACAUGAGAGUUCACACAGGCGAAAAACCCUUUGAUUGUGGUUUUUGUGGUAAAAGGUUCAGCCAGAAGUCAAAUUUUAAGGAACACUUACGAGUCCACACAGGAGAGACUCCAUUUGGCUGUGAUGCUUGUGGGAAAAGAUUUAGAGUUAAUUUUACUCUUAAAAGACACAUGCGAGUCCACACAGGAGAAAAACCGUUUGUUUGUGUUGACUGUGGCAAGACUUUCAGUUCCAAUACGCACCUUAAGACACACACGAGAGUCCACACGGGAGAGAAACCAUUUAGCUGUGGUGUUUGCGGCGAGAGAUUUGCACAGCAAGGGGUUCUGAAGAGUCACACACGAGUUCACACAGGAGAGAAGCCUUUCGGUUGUGGUCUGUGUGGAAAGAGAUUUAGACAGCAGAAUACUCUCAAGAGACACAUGAGCGUCCACACGGGAGAGAAGCCGUUCUCCUGUGGCGUCUGCGGCGAAAGAUAUACCAGACAGGGAAGUUUGAAGAGACACAUGAGUUUACACACUGUGGAGAAACCAUUUGGUUGUGACAGCUGUGGUAAAGCAUUUAGUUGCAAUAUGCAUCUCAUAAGGCACAUGAGAGUCCACACAGGAGAGAGACCUUUUGUUUGUGACGUUUGUGGCAAAAUAUUUACACAACAGGUGGUUCUGAAGAGACACACGAUAGUUCACACGGGAGAGAAACCGUUUGGUUGUGACAUUUGUGGCAAAACAUUUAGACAUCAGAAUACUCUUAAGAGACACACGAGUGUCCACACGGGAGAGAAACCAUUCGAGUGUUCUUUUUGUGGUCAAAAGUUUAGCCAAAAGACUCAUCGCAAACAACACGUUAGAGUUCACACAGGAGAGAAACCAUUUGGCUGUAACGACUGCGGUAAAAUGUUUCGUCGCAAUGCGCAUCUCAAGAGGCACACGAGCGUCCACACCGGAGAGAAACCAUUUAGCUGUGGAGUUUGUAGCGAAAGAUUCACCAGACAGGGAAGUCUGAAAAGACAUAUGAGGGUCCAUACGUGA